AUUUACAAUACUAACAAUUUCGGUAAAUUUUCAUGCGUACCUGCUUGCUAUAAAAAGUAUUUGUUAUUAAAAAAACAACAUACAGAAUUGAAUAAUAACAUUGAUAACUAUAUUAGAACAUCAAUAAAUAAUAAUGGCAGAAGUUGCAAGAAUAUUUAAUUCAUUUCAAGAUUAUUUGAACUAUGAACAAGAAUUACGUGAGGAAAUACGUGUUAUCGUAAGAAAACUUGAAAAGUGUUCUCGCGAUAUUUUGAUGAUUUUACAAAAUAUCCACAAUGAAAAUCCAAUGGAAGAAGACAUUAUUGUAUCACAGUAUUGCGCAAAAGCAAGAGAACAUUUUGAAACUGUUCGUCAGUAUUAUGGUGAAUUAGAAAAACUGGUUCCAAAUGAUCAAUAUUAUAGAUUUCAUGAUCAAUGGCGUUAUGUUACACAAAGAUUAUGUUUUCUAGUAUCUUUAAUCAUUUAUCUAGAGGUCAAAACACUUGUUACCAAAGAAACAGUAGCUGAGUUUCUUGGAAUCAAAAGCAACCGCGAAGAAGGUUUUCAUUUAGAUAUCGAAGAAUUUCUUAUGGGUCUACUUGAAUUAUCUGCUGAAUUAACACGUUUUGCAGUAAACAGCGUAACAUGUGGUGAUUACAAUCGACCAAUUGAGAUCGCUCGUUUUGUAAAUGAGUUGAAUGCUGGUUUUCGAUUGUUAAAUUUAAAGAACGACAAUUUAAGAAAACGUUUCGAUGCUUUGAAGUAUGACGUCAAAAAAAUUGAAGAAGUUGUUUACGAUUUAAGUAUUCGGGGAUUGAAGCCAACUGGUCAACCAACUCCACAGGUUCAAUAAUUAAAAACUGUUUAUUACAUCGUUCUAUUUUUUCAUACUUUUCUUUACUUAAUAACUUUCUUAUAUUAUAUUAUAUUAGUAAUUAUUACAAACAUUACAAAAGUUUAAUGAAAUUUAAUUUCUUAUAACUAUUUAAUUUAAAAAAAAAAAAAUGAUAAAAUCAUUACUUCAUUUCGAAUAUACGUUUACUUUUUCAUAAGAAAUAUAAAUAUUUAAGUAUAUAAUACUGAUAAUAAGUGAUAUAAUAUUUGAUACAUUAAUAAACAAUAAAAUUAAUAUUCAAUCAUUUUUUCCAAGUAUAACUUUUUGUUGAAAUAAUUUAUAAUAAACUUUUUAUAGUUACUAAAAUCUCAAUGAAAAAAAAAAAAAAAUUGGCAGCAUUUAUCAAUAUCCGCGUUUAAAAUCUAAAAUAUUUGGUAAUGGUUCACCUUUGAUAUAUUUUUCAUAAUUAUUUUUAAACAAUUUUGCUAUACCCUCUGGUCUUACAGUACACGCAUUAUGUGGUGUUAUUGUCACCUAAAAAAAAAAAUAAAAAGAUGGUAAUUACUAUUUGAAAAAAUACCAUUCCAUAUUUAGAUUAGAAUUAAAAUCAUGAGUAUGAAAGUAGCAGACACCAGAAAAAUUUUAAAUUAUUAAUAAAUAGAGUAAAUAAUUAACAAAAUUACAUUAAGAAAACAUGCGCAUUUAUAAAGUUUUGAAAUUUCUAAGUGCAUUUUUUAUAAAUAUUAUUUUUUAAAUUAUUUACUCUAUUUAUUUAUACUUUUAAAUUUGCCUGAUGUCUGCUACAUUCACACUCAUUAAAAACUUCUGACAAAUGUUAUAAAAAAUUGGUAUUCCGUUGAUUCAUAUCCAUUUUAAUAAUAAUUAUAAAUUCAAAUCACAGUUAAAAGGAUAUAUUAGUUGUUAUUAAUUAAUGUUUAUUCUGAUCACUAUACAACGUUUCGUUGGUUUCCCAACUUUUUCAAGUACUCAAUCAAUAAAACAUUAACUGUUAAGUAAAUAAUUAUAAAUUGAGACAAUAUGGUAACAGUUUUCCUUUUUCACAAUAAUCAUUUUUAAAAUAAAUAAAUAGCUUAUAUGCACUAUGUUUUGAUUUUUAGUUAAAAAAUAAUAACACUAAUUAAUAACAACUGAUAUAUCCUUUUAACUGUGAUUUGAAUUUAUAGUUAUAAAAAAUUAUUUUUACUUGAGGCAUUGUCCAAAGUUUACUGGUCGGCGGUAAAGGUUCAACUUCAAAAACAUCUAAAAUAGCUGCUGCUAUCCAUUUAUUUUCAAGAGCUGUCACCAAGUCGCUUUCUUUAAUUAUAUUUCCCCUACCAACGUUAAUAAAAAUUGUA